AUGGCUACGGACGAUGGUUGUAAAAGUCUUUAUGUUGGUAAUCUCGAUCCGAGGGUAACGGACAGCAUGCUUCAUGAGAUCUUUGGAGUAGCAGGAUCCGUGAACAAUACGAAAAUCAUUCCUGAUAAAAAUGUGAGUCUAAUGUGGAGUCACCCCGCAAUGGCUGGCCUUGCUGGACACUCGACCGAACAAGCUCUUCAAACACUUAACGGAAGAAAAAUAUACAACAUGGUAAUUGAUCCACCUGAAAUUAAAGUGAAUUGGGCUUUUCAGGGACAACAAGGUCAUAAAGAGGAUACAUCAAAUCAUUACCAUAUCUUUGUUGGAGACUUAAGUCCUGAAGUUAAUGAUGAAGUACUUGCUAAAGCAUUUAGUGCAGAUGCUCGUGUUAUGUGGGAUGUUAAUUCUGGAAAAUCUCGAGGAUACGGAUUCGUUGCUUUCCGUGAUAAGACGUGCUCAUGGGGAAAAGAUAGGGCACCAGAGCAAGCCACGGCUUCUUACCAUACAUAUGGUGUACCAAGUACGGCUUACAACUAUCCAUACGGAUAUUAUAGUAAUCAUACUGCACAUCCUUAUGCCACACCCGUAAGUGAAAGUGGAUAUGAUCUUCCACCUGGCAUGUCUGCGCCACCGCCAUCUUUAGCAUCUCUUGAUGGUGCUGCUGCUGCUGCGGUAGUCGCAGGUCAACAACAACAUCCUACUGCUAAUUGGGAGCAAUAUUCUUAUAACGGAUAUGACGCGUAUGGUCAAUACUUUCCGUACGGCUACAACCAACCCACUGGUGCAGGUGCUCCUGGCGCUCCGGGGAUGGGAACCCCGACUAGUUCACACACAGUUACUGGAAGUCAUCCGCCUUCAGUUGGUAGUCAUGGUCCUUCUGGUGGAA